GUUUUUUUAACUUUUUAGUAACUUUCAGUAUUGCUUUUUCACAUCCGGCAUCAGACAACUGUUAAAUUUCAUUUAAUCCUGGACUGGCAGUAGUGUUUGGGAUUGACCUCCACACACACACACACACAAUUCACUACUUUUUUCUUCAAAAUUUUAUGAAAAAAUGGUAGUCUUGCAACUCCAAUUUUUAUUAGUUCCAUUCCUCACAAGCAUCAUGGGAGCAGCACAAUAUAUGAUGCAAGAUGCAGCACUGAUGGACUACAUUGAUCGGCGUUUCCUAUCCCUAGAGAAGAGGCUGGAAAAAUGCAACCAAGACAUACUGGAUUACGUGGAAGAAUUCCGAGACUUUUCAAAGAUGGCACUGUCACGCCUGGCAGGACUGAACAAUUAUAAGGCUGAGGUUAAAGGUCAAGUAGAGAAUUUGCUAACAAGAAUUGAACGAGCACAAAGGGAUAUUGACUAUUUUGGAUCUGUCACAGAUUCUAAUACAUGUAUAGAAGUACAUGAAGACCUGGUGAAACAGCAGCUAUUUGAAGAAGCAGAAGAAAAAAAGAAACUGAAACUCAUGCUUAAUGCAAGUUGUGACCACAUGCUUGCAGGUAUUAAAUCCCUAAAGAUAGUUAAGAAGACUGGAGAUAAGCAAGGCUCUUGGAUGAAAGAUCCUGGCAAAAAGCAUGCAAAGAUUUUUUUAUUAAAUGGUUCUGUAAAUAAUGUUAUUUUGGAAUUUGCAAAUAUAAUGACAUUUGUGGAAAGCAAUCAUACACUAAAAGCUCGCAGAAUCACCUUGCCAUUUCCCUGGGAAGGAACUGGCCACAUCAUAUAUCAGGGUUUCCUGUUCUAUCACAGAUAUGGUUCCUUAAAUGAGAUAAUUAAAUUCAAUAUCCAGAAAAGAACUAUAACUGACCAAAUGCUACUGCCAGGGGCUGGACGGAUUCCUGCCUAUCAGCUUUCUCCAUAUACAAAAAUAGAUUUUGCCAUUGAUGAGCAAGGGCUCUGGGCAAUCCAUGCAGAACCAGAGACUGGAGGAAACAUUGUAAUUACUAAAAUCAACCACAUAACCAUGGCCAUAGAGCACACUUGGGACACAUCAUGCAAUAGUAAGGGUGCUGAAGCAGCUUUCAUGGCAUGCAACACACUCUAUGUUGUGUACAAUUUUCCUAGUGGAGGCACCUCUCGCAUACAAUGUGUUUAUGAUGUUUUGGAUGCUGUAAAUACUUAUGAAAUCCCAGUAUUGCACUUUCCAAAACGUCAGGGUAGUCAUUCCACUAUACAUUACAAUCCUAAAGAAAAGCAACUCUUUGCUUGGGGUGAUGGAUCCCAGAUCAUUUACAAGCUUCACACAAAGCAAAAAAUUUAGAAUCCAGCAACUUUUCAAAUACACUUAAAAGCCAGCAGUCCCGUGUCAACAUGGUCAUUAAAAUUACAUUAUUCCCAUCUGUUACAACUUUACAAUCUAUUUUACAUAAAUUUAGGUUUACAAACCCCAGUGAUCUUUAAUGUCCAAUUAAGAAUCUGUAAAGACUCCAUUAAUAUGAAUUACACGAUGAAUAAAUACCACACAUAUACAACCCACACAUACACAUACAAAAAUUAGUCUUAAAAACUAAAGUUAAUUAAAAACAAAUAAGAAUCUAUCUCUGAGGUUCUCUUCCUGUCAAAACUAUGUAUUUUUCUACAGUGCCAUGGAAAUCAAAUCAGAAGUCCUUCCUGUCCAAUAUACAUUAUCUGACAACCCUUACUACCCUGAAGCUCACUGUAGGAAGCCUUCUUGUAAGCACUAUAAUCCAUGUGCUUCCAGAGGAAUUAUCAAUAAAGUUUUAACAAGAGAGGUUUAUUAUAUCACAAAGCAUAAGAGUAUGCAACCUCACAAACAUGGCUUAUUUUUAAUCUAUAUUUCUUGUACAUUAUACCAAGGCUGUUCCUAAUCGUUGAACUACUAGACUAUUUCCAUGAAAUUUCCACAUUUUUGUUAUCCACAUAGCAGUCCACUUUUGAUCCUGCUAAUACAUUAUCUACAGCCAAGUAUUCACUUUUAUCAGCUUCAAUUUGCCACCUUUCAAUUUUUUUCGGUGUUUCACUGCUUGUGUGUCAGAAGGAAUAUU